GUGAUUGUAAAGCGAGGGCCAGUCCACUUAGCUCAUGCUGAUUAGCACACAUCUACACACACACACACCCUCAGCCUCUGAGUUAAACUGUAAUCAUUAACUCAGAUGGCCUCAGAGGGAGAAAGAGAAGCAUUGCUUGCUUGAACAAAACCAAGCUGAACCUACAUACAAAUGGUCAGGAAGAGCCUCCGGCCAGAGAAGGAAGAACCCCAUGAAUCUGGUGUUUAUGGAGGCACAGUGAGUUGGAGCAGCUGACUCAGGAGUGUUGGAUUAGUCAGGAACCUCAUCAUGGUUUCAGCAGUAGUUUGAUGAUUAAUAGUGCUGAUAUCAGUGUAGUGUUCCUGGAAAGAUAAGGCUAACUGGGCUAAAGUCAACAGCAUGGAUCCGAGCAGAGAGCAGGAGAAUAUGGCUGAACAGGAAAGAGAGCGGGACUGGCGAAAGCUGGAGUCGCACUUCGAAUUGAAGGUCUUCCUCACGGUACUCUACAGCCUCAUUCUUAUCCUGGGAAUCGUUGGAAACAGCAUCACUAUUCACAUCACGCAAGUGCUUCAGAGAAACGGGUACUUACAUAAGAAUGUUACUGAUCACAUGGUGAGCCUGGCCUGCUCUGACUUGCUGGUGUUACUGAUUGGGAUGCCCGUGGAACUUUAUAGUGCCAUCUGGUUCCCGUUUAGCUCUGCUUCUGGAAAUGUAGCCUGCAAGAUCUACAACUUCCUGUUCGAAGCGUGCAGCUAUGCCACCAUCCUAAAUGUGACCACUCUGAGCUUUGAACGCUACAUGGCUAUAUGCCAUCCAUUUCGAUACAAAGCGUUGGCACAUGCCCGCACUGCUCACCUCAUCCUUGCUGCAUGGCUCUCCUCCAUCCUCGUCGCUGUGCCACUGCUAAUUUCAACUGGAACGCAAGGUCAUGUGGUGAAGCCAGGAGGAGCGCCAGCACAGAACCUGACCUUCUGCACCAACCUGCAUGAGUACUGGGGAAUUUAUCGCACCAGCAUAUUCACAGCUUUCAUCCUCUACCUGCUGGUCCUUGGCAGUGUGGCUUUCAUGUGCAGGAGCAUGAUUGUUGUCCUCAGGGCACCCAUGAUUACUAUGGAUGCUUCAGGCACUAGUGUGUCUAAACAUGAGAGCGCCAAGGUCAAAGCAUCGCGCAAGCAGACCAUCAUUUUCCUAGUGCUGAUCGUGUGUGCGCUGUUCGUGUGCUGGAUGCCAAACCAGGUGCGACGCUUGAUGACGGCAAUCAAAGGCAAGGGUGAAUGGAGCGGGAGUUACCUGGAAUCAUACAUCAAACUGCACCCUGUAGCUGACACCUUCUUCUACCUGAGCUCCGUGCUGAACCCUCUGCUCUACAAUCUCUCAUCACGCCAGUUUCGCACAGCCUUCCUCCAGACGUUGUGCUGCCGUCUCUCUAUCCAGCAUGUUAACAAGAGAACGGUGGAGAACAACAAAGCUUCCCACGCCUCCCGCCAUUCACUGCGUCCUCUGCUGUGUAAAAAAUCCCAGCACAGGAACAUGCAGCCGUCCAGCAGAGAUGCCGAAACUCUGACCCCGAGUGCAGAGAGCAGCCCUGCUGUUCAAAUCUUAAACACACCUCCACCUAUUUCAUCAGAGACGGAAACGUGAGUCACGUCAAGCCUCUUACUCCACUAAAGCCUACUCAUCAGCUUGGAUAUCCUUAAUGGCCACUUUUUAGACACAGCUACCUUGUUGGUCCACCUUGUAGAGAGUAGUUAUAGAUUGUUUCUCAUCUUCUUUUUUUCCCCUAUAUAGAAUUUGUCAUCAGUGAUCACAGAAUUGCUGUUGGCUGAAUAUUUUUGAUUGGUGAACUGUUUCUCAACACAACAGUGACUCACAUGAUAUACAAACACACCAAAACAACACACACUACCACAUCACUGCUGUUCUGAGAAUGAUUCACCAUGAGGUAACAUCUGGCUAGCAGUGGUCCUAUAGUGGUCCUUUUCCACCCAUAAAUUGGUUAAAACCAGGAUUUGUGAAUUGUAUAUCGUCAUUUAAUACAUACAAACUCAUCUAUUUGGUAGAUUUACAUGACAAAAUGACCAGUAAGAGUAGGUACAAAGUCGGCACUACUUAUAAACUAGAAAUUCAGUGUAGAUUUUCCCUUUCCAUUCAGAAGAUUCUCAUUGACUGUUAUGAAUUAAUGGGCAACACUUUACAUUAAGGUUCUCUAACAACUUUCAUUAUUUACUGCAUUACUUAACAUGAACCCUCAGCAUUAAUAAAUCCUAAAUAAUGUUAACAAAUUAAGUUAACAAGUGUAUUAGCUGACAGUUGUUUAAAUGUUAAUGGAAUACACCUGCAUUGACUAAUGUUCAUUCGAUCCAUGAGUAAGAAUACGUCAACAUUAAAAAAAAAAAAAAUGUAUUACACUGUGUUCCUAAAUUUUGAUGAUUUAAUGAACUCUAGUCUCCAGAUGUGAAUAAUGGAACUUUUUAUUCAGGCUCAGCUCUGAAUUUUGGCAGUUAAAUAACCGCAAAAAAAAAAAAAAAAGUUCAUUGAAGUGUUGGUUCAUAUUGCUCAUUGUGGGCUACAUUUUACGAACUUAUAGGAUAAGCAUUGGGUAAAAAAAUGUAAUUAUUAAUUCAUUAAAAACCAUACUCACUUAAUAGAAGUGUUAGUUACUUUGUUAAUGUUGCUUAUAGUGUAUGAACGCUGACACACAUGGUUUGUUCAUGUUAAAGUUCAUUUGAGUAAACCUUAGUUUAAAGUUUCACCAAUUAAAGAAUUCCAAUCAUUCGGUACAACUUUGAUAUCAUGACAAAAGUCCAGUCUAAACUUUGUGAAGAUAUUCAAAAUGGUUGUUGACCUAAGGGCUGCACUAUAUAUACUUGUUAACCAUAAUAAACAUAAAUUUCAAAUGA